GUACAUUCUUCAUUAUCUCUAAACAUCGACACAAUGUAUCUCACCCUCUUAGCCGUCCUCACCGGCUCCUCAGCCGUGUAUUUCUACUUCUUCCAUCGAUCUCUCGCAAAACGCCUCCAACACUCCUCCCACCACGGCACUCUCCCAUCAUCACUCUCAUCUUCCAUCUCCUCCAUCCCAGACCCCAUCUACACAGAAAGAUACUACUCCAUCGUGGACCAUGUCUCGCGCACCGUCCCCCGUCGUCUCCUCCCCCCCAAAGACCCCUCCCUCCUCCUCACCCUCCUCUUACGCAGAAACAUGAUCGCCUUCGCCCGCUUCCCGCAGGCACUCAUGAUCCGCCUCGUCACGGGCGACUAUCAAUCCUUCAAGCCUUCGCAUAUUAACAGUCUCGAUAUGAAAGAAGGCGACGUCGUGUGCGGCGUGUAUCGCGUCAAACACCGCGAGCCGACGCGCGUCGAGUUUGAGAUGCAGAAUAUGAAAUUCGGGGGUGGGAGGUUGGUUGUUUCUGUGUCUGAGCAGGACGGCCAAGUCGUGUUUUCGAACCACACGGUCAUGUGGCGGUUGAAGGAGGAGAAGGGGAGGUUGCCGUUGGAGUGGGCGUUGGUGAGGUUUGUCCAUGAGGUCUCGGCGUGGUGGGUGGUGGAUUCGGGGGUGCGGUAUUUGAUGGAUUUGGAGGGGGAUUUUGUCAAGGAGAUGAAUGAUUGAUUCUCUUUCUUUGUUCUUGUUAUUUGUUAUUUGAAACAGACUGUGUUGUUGUGUUGAGACAAUUCAUUGUCGGAAUAGCUUCAUCUUUCUUUGUCAGUAGCUUUCAUAAUGAAACAUGUCUCAGUAGGAAUGAUAUAUAGCCCCCU